GCGAUAGAGUGUUUUUUUAGUUUUAAGCGAGAAAGUUUUUAUUUAUUUUUUUAUUUUGUGCGAGAGUUUUUUGUGAGAGGAGAAUAAGAUUAACCAUCAAACAUUUCUUCACGAUGCACUUCAGCCCAGUUCUGAGCACAACCGUAUUUCUGAUCUGUCUCAAAGUCAGCUGCCUGCUGUCCCUAACUAAAUCUAGACGAUUGCCUCAGAAGAACAACCACCAAAACAUCUCGGCACUUUUGGACAACUUAUUAAAAGGUUACGACAACAGUGUACGACCUAAUUUUGGAGGGCCUCCAGCCGUAGUUGAAGUCGACAUUAUGGUCAGAAGUAUGGGACCAAUAUCGGAAAUGGAUAUGACUUAUUCCAUGGAUUGUUACUUUCGUCAAUCCUGGAUUGAUAGGCGGUUGUCAUUUUCUGGACACGAUAACGACACCUUAGCUUUGAGUAUUACAAUGCUAGAGCGGAUUUGGAAGCCGGAUACUUACUUUUACAAUGGCAAACAAUCCUAUCUUCAUACAAUUACGACACCGAAUCAGUUUGUCAGAUUGUACCACGAUGGAAGGGUUCUUUAUUCGUCCAGAUUAACCAUAAAAGCCGGAUGCCCAAUGAACCUGGAAGACUUUCCCAUGGACAUACAAAGAUGCCCUUUAAGAUUUGGAUCAUUUGGCUAUACGAAACAAGAUGUUAUUUACCGUUGGAAUUCGGCAAGGCAAGUUGCAAUAGCUGAGGACAUGAAACUUUCCCAAUUUGAUCUUAUUGAUACUCCAGCUGGAAAUCAAACUUACUCGGUUAUAAGCAGUACUACAGAGGCAAAGAGUCCUAAAAUUAAACAGAAACUCAGCGAACAUUGGGGGUUUGAAUCCCAAUUUCCAACUAAUGUUCCAGAUGAAUAUUCGAUGCUUCUAGUAAGUUUCCACCUACAAAGACAUAUGGGCAACUUCCUAAUACAAGUCUACGGCCCUUGCGUUUUGCUUGUGGUACUUUCUUGGGUUUCUUUUUGGUUGAACAGAGAAGCCACAGCAGAUAGAGUGUCUUUAGCUAGAAAAGACUUACCAAAGGUGUCUUACCCAACUGCGUUGGAUUAUUUCGUUUUUUUAUCGUUUUCGUUUAUAUUUGCGACAAUAAUCCAGUUUGCAGUAGUUCACUAUUUUACAAAAUACGGCUCAGGAGAGUGUUAUUUCAGUAGCGAUUUUGAUUCGGACGAGUCCGAUUCAGAUAAUGACGAAUGGGAAACUUGCCAAAAAGUAGUCCGUCCAGGUGGUGAGCAGUCUUCUCCCGUCCACCACGUGAUACCUACCGAUCCAACCCUUAUAGAAAUUAUACCGCUGAAUCCUUAUACAACUAUUCCAUUGAAAAGAAGAAGUUCUUCGUCGCCUUGGGGCUCUUUGAUUGGUUGUUUGAGGAGGAAGAGUAGCCAGAUGGAAAUUCAUCAGGGUGAUCUGGAUAGGAGAGUUUCAAUACCGAUAAUUCAAAGUAAGGAUUGGAUUGACUUUGUAGUUUAA